AACGAAAAACAAUGAUUUAAACAUAAAUACCAAACACACCUGAAUGAUUGGAAUUAUUGGGUAGGCAUCUUGACCCUGUUCAUCCAACUGGGUCCAUGAACUGUAGGGUUGCAAAUGCAGCAUCUAGUGUGGGUUUGGAGUCGAGCACUUUAAAUCAGUGUGAGGACUUUAAAGGGCCCAGAGUGCUUCCUUCUGUUAUGAGAAAUCUUUCCCAAAAAGAACCACAAGAAUCAAUAGCCCAAGAUGAGACGCUUGCUGGGGAGAUGAAUGGAUCUAUAAGAUCUGAAAGGGCUGAUGAAAAUGAAGUCUCUAGUGAAUACUUUUCAGCCACUGAAACUCACCAGAGUAUAUUGGUAUCAUUUUCAAGCCAUUGUGUGCUGAAAGGAAUUGUAUGUGAACGCUCUCGGCCCCUGCGCAUAAAGUUUUAUGGUUAUUUUGAUAAGCCUCUAGGAAGAUAUCUGCGUGAUGACUUGUUUGACCAGGCAUGUUGCUGUCGAUCAUGUAAAGUGCCGGUUGAGGCCCAUGUCCUAUGUUACACCCAUCGACAGGGAAAGUUAACAAUCAAUGUUAGAUGCCUUCCGGAUAUAAGACUACCUGGGGAACGGGAUGGUAAGAUCUGGAUGUGGCACCGAUGCCUAAGGUGUGCCCAUGUGAAUAGAGUUCCACCAGCUACUCGUAGAGUGGUUAUGUCAGAUGCUGCCUGGGGACUUUCUUUUGGAAAGUUCUUGGAACUUAGCUUUUCAAACCAUGCAACUGCUAAUCUUGUUGCACCCUGUGGUCAUUCAUUGCGAAGGGACUGUCUCCGUUACUAUGGGUUUGGGAGCAUGGUUGCAUUUUUCCGGUAUUCCCCUAUCGAUAUUCUUUCUGUUCAUUUGCCACCGUCAGUGCUUGAAUUCAAUGGCCAUGUUCAAUAUGAGUGGACAAGAAAAGAGGCUGCAGAGCUUGUCCGUAAAAUGGAGACCUUGUAUGCCGAGAUAUCUGAUGUACUUGAUAGCUUGGAAGAAAAAUGUAAGGCUUUUGGAAAUGAAUGUUCGGACACGAAGGAAUUACAGGGCCACAUCAUGGAGCUGAAAGACUUGCUUAAAAAGGAAAGAAAUGAUUACAAUGGUUUGCUUCGACCGGCUAUUAUGGAGACUUCACAGCCAGACUGGCUGGCUGGAGACAUUCUGGAAUUGAAUCGCUUGAGACGCUCUCUUUUAGUUGGUUCACAUGUUUGGGAUCAGCGGCUUUGUUCAUUGGACUCUCUACUUAAAAAGAGUUCUAUUUCAAAGGCUGCACAAGGGGAUGCAUCUUAUGCCCAGCUGAAAGAGCUGAAGAGUGAGUUAUCACACAAGGAUGGCAUGCUUGGCACUGGGCAUGAAGAUUCUGACUCUUCAAAAUUACAUGAGUCUCUUGGCAACAAUUUGCAGUCAGAGCAGGAGCAGCCUAAUGUACCAGCCUUUGAACCUUCUGUUGCUGUAGACUCGAUGUUAACCACAUGUCAUCAUCAUGUCAGAGAGGAGGAAAAACAUUCAGAUGUGGAAGUUAGUGUAAAUAAGACACUAAGUGAAAGCUUAUCGCCCAAUGAGUCUACUAUAUCUGAGAGAAUAGAUUCUGCUUGGACUGGUACUAAUCAACCUGCAAUGAAAGCUCAACUUCAUUCAUCACAUGCAGAUGAACUCCAAGCUGGAUCUGUCAGGCAGAUUAGUCAAAAUGGUAAACCCCCUUUUAGAAGGUUAAUGUCGCGAAUGAGAGUUCGUGCUUUUGAUUCUGCAUUACGAGUCCAAGAAAGAAUCCGGAAGGGAUUGCCUCCCUCUACCUUGCGUUUGUCGAUACUUAGAUCUUCCCAUGCCUCUGGAUAUUACAGGAGUAUGGUGAGAGAUCCUGUUUCCAAUAUAAUGAGGACUUACUCCCAAAUGCUGCCAUGGAAGACACGGAAGUUAAACUUAAAUGUCAGUUCCACACCAUCACUUAUCUCCUCCGCAUCUCAUAUGGCUGAAGGAGCUCGGCUGCUGCUUACGCAAACUGGCCACAGUGAUUUAGUUAUUGCCGUUUAUGAAAAUGAACCCACUAGUAUAAUCUCGUAUGCCCUUAGUUCCAAGGAGUAUAAUGAUUGGGUUGCUGAUAAGUUGAAUGAGCAUGAGGGAAGCUGGAGUCCCCAUGAGAGCAGUAAAGAAGAUUCUGCAGUUUCCACCUUUUCUGCCUGGCAAUCUUUUAGGUCUUUGGAGUUUGAUUAUAUUCAUUAUGGUAGUUAUGGAUCUGAAGUUGCUUCAUCAUCAAUGGGUACGUUUUUUAAAGAUCCCAAAAGACCUCCACAUUUAAAAAUAUUUUUUGAGGAUGAGUUUUCAACUGCCGGAGGCAAAGUAAAGUUUUCAGUCACUUGUUAUUUUGCCAAGCAAUUUAACUCUCUAAGAAAAAAAUGCUGCCCUAGUGAAGUGGAUUUUGUGCGAUCCUUGAGCCGCUGCAGGACAUGGAGUGCACAAGGGGGGAAAAGCAAUGUAUAUUUUGCCAAGUCAUUGGAUGAAAGAUUCAUUAUAAAACAGGUUACAAAAACAGAGUUGGAUUCCUUUGCGGAUUUUGCACCUCAAUAUUUUAAAUAUUUGACAGAGUCUAUUAGCUCGAAAAGCCAAACUUGCCUUGCAAAAAUUCUUGGCAUUUAUCAGGUCUCUGUAAAACAUCUAAAAGGUGGUAAGAAAACAAAAAUGGAUUUGAUGGUGAUGGAGAACCUUUUUUUCAAGAGAGAUAUCUCAAGGGUUUAUGAUCUCAAGGGCUCUACACGAGCUCGUUAUAAUUCAGACACAACAGGGACAAACAAAGUACUGCUAGAUAUGAAUUUGUUGGAAACAUUACGAACAAAACCUAUAUUUGUUGGAAGCCAGGCAAAGAGAAUUCUAGAAAGAGCUGUCUGGAAUGAUACAUCGUUUUUGGCGUCUGUGGAUGUUAUGGACUAUUCCCUGCUGGUUGGGGUGGACGACGUACGCAAAGAGCUGGUUUUAGGGAUCAUUGAUUUCAUGAGACAGUAUACCUGGGACAAACAUUUGGAGACAUGGGUGAAGGCAUCUGGGAUACUUGGUGGUCCAAAAAAUGCUUCCCCCACCAUUAUUUCUCCCAAACAAUACAAGAAAAGAUUCCGUAAGGCGAUGACUACCUAUUUUCUCACUGUACCUGAUCAAUGGUCUUCAUGAACUGCUUCGUCGCAAUUUUUUUGUUUACACUUCAAAAUGCAUCUGUUUGUCAAUAAAGAAUAGGGGGGGAUUGUAAUUGCAGAUAAAUGGAAAGUAAGAUUCCUUCUAUGAUUUUUUUUUCUUGUUUUGUACACUGUAUACGGGCAGAACUAGCCCAAAUGAAAGGCUUUACACUGAGAUCAAGAAGAGAUGGUUAUAUUGUUGGUC